GUGGACGUGGAGGAGUACGUGGACGCGUUUAGAGCGUUGUUUGAGGAAAGAUUCGGCGGCGAGGACGUCGCGGCGCUGACGAGAGGGAUGUCCACGGAGGAGCUCGAGGCGAUGCCCCCGUUUCCGUUUCCAAAGUUUUUGUUUCCGAAAGGAACGUUUCCAGACGGUUUGAGGUUCGACGAGUCGUCGUUCACGGCGCCGCCGAAGGUCAAGGCGUUCGUCGACGAACACGGAGAGGACGCGUUAGCCGCGCUCGCGAGCGAGUUAGCGGCGAAGGCUGCGAAGAACCGCGGCGCGGGGGGCGAAACACUGACCAGGGGAGGAUUGAGCGAGGAAGAAGAGUUGCGCGCGUUCAUCAUGGACGCCAUGAAGGAUGAGCUUGACGGCUUGCAGUUUCCCGAAGGUGAAGACAUGGACGAAGCCAUGGCGCGCUUGAUGGAGUCGAUGCAAGAUUUCGCGGGUGGCAUCAAUGGUUUAGGACGCGAUUACGGCGACAUUUCAGACGACGAGGAUGGGGAAUUCGGCUACGGCUCACCGAGCUACGGCUCGCCGAGCUAUGGUUCCCCGCGUUUUGGAGGACGGCGUUCGAGUGGCGUCGCGAGCGACGAUUCCGAGCGUUCGUACACGCACACGUCUGCAUUGGAGGUGCGACGUUGGUUGGACGCAGCCAAGGCGGGAGAUUUGAUCACCAUGCAAAUACUUCAUAAAGAACAGCCUUCGUUGGUGCACGAGCGCUCGAGCGGUGUCGGACACACCGCCGCGCACUGGGCGGCGGCGAAGGGACACGUCGGCGCGUUGACGUGGUUGCUCGACGCGUGCUCGUUUGAUCCCAAUUUUUCCAACGCAUGCGGUGCCACGGCGUUACACUCGGCGGCGGCGAAUGGUCAGGAAACGUGCGCAGCCCUACUCGUCGCGCGCGGCGCGCGAACAGAUAAGGUGGAUGAAAUUGGCGAGUCGCCGUGUGAUGUCGCCAUACGAAUGCAGCGAAGCGGCAAACUCAUCGACAUACUCGGCGGAGACACCGCGAGAACUGGCGUGUUUUGUGGCGUAUGCGAAGAACUGCCGGUCGUACAAGAAGAAGAUGAAAUCCCAGCCAUCGAGCUCGACAAGGAUGCACAACGACGUUGGCUCGGCGCAGCCAAGGCGGGAGAUUUGGGUGUCAUGCGCACGAUUCUCGAUGCAGACGAGAACUUACUAUACGCGAACGGUGAUGGCACAAACUAUGGUUUUUCUGGGAACACCGCCAUGCACUGGGCUGCUUCGAAGAACCACGUCGAAUGCAUUCGUUGGUUGUACGCUCGCGGUAUGGAUCCGAACGUCAUAAACAAGGGCGACAGCACGCCGGCGCACUCAGCGGCUGGUUCUGGUGCGCUUGAGGCGCUUCGCACUCUUGUGCACGAGUGUGGUGCCGAUGUCGAUCGCGCAAACGACGUGGACGAGCGACCGAUUGAUAUUGCGACGCAUCGAGGGUACCAUGACGUCGUCACUUUGCUGAAAACUGGUGCCGCGCUCGAAACGUUGCGUGAAGAAUUUCUUCGCCAAGGUUCGUACACGAUCAAACGCGCCAAAGGUGUCCUGGACUCGUUCGCCGCAAACGAUGCCUCGUGUCGUGGACUGGGCGAAAAGUCGGAAAUUGUCGCCAAGAUUCAGUCGUACGUGGACGCACUUCCCGUGAGAAUUGAACGCAAGUGCGUCGCGCCGAAACCGCAGUUGCGUGGCGCCGUCACCGCGCCCGAACCUGUGGACGAAAUCGUCACCCGGAAAGCGAGAGAUCGCGCGAACGAGCUGCUCGCUGCGCAAGAUUUCACGGCCGCCAUCGCAUCGUACUCUAUGGCCAUACGACUUGAUCGCGCAAACGCCGCGCUGUUUUGCGAACGAAGCGCCGCCAACCUCGGCGCGGGCAAGAUUGAAGACGCCCUCGCGGAUGCCAAAACCGCGGUCAAGCUCGAUGCGCGCCUAGGAAUCGCGUACGCAGCACAAGCGGCUGCGCUCAGCGCCGCGAGUCUCCACGCCGAGGCCGUAAAGGUGUGUCGCGCCGGGUUACUUGAAGACGCCGAGUGCGACGCCUUGCGAACGCAAAUCGUCGCGAGCGAGCGCGCCAUCGCGGAUGAUCGCGCGAGGUACGAAAAAAUGUGGGGCGACGAAAGAAAGGUUUAG